AUGCCUCUACAACUCGAAGCACUCCCGACAGAGGUCAUAUUGUCAAUAACCACUCAUAUCACCAGCCACAAAGAUCACUUCCAUUUCGCCAGAUGCUGUCAUCGUUUGUUUGACAUUGUAUACCCGUGUGCAUUCUGCUCGAUCGAACUAGCCGAGUACUGCACGUCGGACCUCAGCUGGCUGAUUCAUUUCCUUUUGCAUCGACAGAAGGCUCGCCUCAGCGUGGAGAGCCUUAUGCUAGGUCGGCCGGUCUGCUGUUCCAAAAAGCAUGUCCGCUCGAAAGAUUUGCCUACACUAGACGAUAAGAUUGUCGCAGAAGUCAAUGGCUUGGUCAAUUCCUAUACUGGGUGGAGCACUUGGCAGAAAGAGCUCUGGAAUAAAGACAACUGCGAUGCAUGGCUUGCCCUCCUGCUCUACAUUCUGCCUAACCUGCGGUCCAUCGAAUGGGUUUGGACAGAAUCCAGGACCCGGUACGCAGCAAAAUUAGUAGACGAAGUGAUCUUGCGUCGGCACCAGUUCGACGGGAGUGGCCCGUUGGGCAAACUUGAAAAGGUGUUUGUCAAGGGCACUGGCAGAAGAGCCGGUAUGAUUGGGUUGAAGAAAAUCCUGCCCUUCGUCUACCUGCCUUCGCUGCGCGUAUUCUCAGCUCAGAUGGUUAAAGACUUUGAUCGGAUUCUUCCUGAAACGAAGAAUGGCGCGUCGACCGUAACGCAUCUCGAGCUCCGGCAGAGUACCACGCGAACGGGAUUCGAGCGCUUGAUACGACUCUGCACCGGCCUGAGGUCGUUCAAGUACUACUAUGAGCCAGGUCCAUCGAUGUUGGUAAGGACGGCCACGGUCAUGUCCCACCUGGAAACGAGGAAGGAGACUCUUGAGACACUGUGUCUGGACUCGGAUUCCUACUCUAUGCUGCAAGGAUUUGAGAGACAGCACCAGUGGGUCGGAUCGCUGCGAGAUUUUCGAAAAUUGAAAAAUCUUCAGCUGCAAAUGGUUCACUUUUUUCAAAACGAUCAACUGCUCCCUCCAAGGAGGUUGGUAGAUCUCCUUCCCUCAUCGCUCGAGACUUUCUGCGUAUCAGGAUGGUGGCAUGAGAAUGAGGCGAUCGUGUUGGCUGAAUUGAUGGAUCUGGUGCAUGCAAGGGAUGAAUUCCCUCAUUUGUCAGAGAUGACUAUCCAAGGGAGAUUCCUUACCAAGGAAUUGUUGCCUGGUGAAAUAAUGAAUUAUCAGUCAUGGCCAAGGCCCCUGCCGAUGAUUGACGGGAGGACCUUGGAAGACAGGAUCCUCGAGGUGACAGAGCCAUUGCGUUCUAGCUGCAACAAAAUAGGCGUCUCUUUUUCUAUCAAGGAUCAUGGGGUCGAGACUAGGGCACAAGGACAUAAGGAUCCACCUGUCCCGGAUCUGCUUCCCUUAUUCCGACAAGGAAGUUCAAUCUGGGUUUGA